AUGAUUGAAGGCCGAGCCAAUGAACUGCCGGACUUUCAAGUCUUUCGGACGGUGAUGCAGUAUCAUGCAUUUGAUGCUGGAUUAAAGAAAAUUUUAGAAAAUGAAACUCCUAAAAAGAUAGUACAUGAUUGUAGAAAACUUUCCGACUGUCUGUAUCACAAACAUAAUGUUAAGCUUAAUUCAAUUUUUGACACUCAGGUUGGAGAUCUUAUCAUUGCUAGAAACAAAUGGGGGCGUUUACCAGCUACAGUAAAAACAUUAAGUCAAUGUUUAAAUAUUUACCUUGGACUUAAUCAUAAUGCUAUUAAAGAAAAUCUUGACAUAGUUCAUUGCACUGAAAGGCCAUUGCCCACUAAUAUCAAGGAAAACCUUGCUAAAAACAUAGUCUACCUUCACCGUUUAUCGGAAAUGAUCAAUGAUGAAAUGAUGUUACCAUUCAAGAGAGGCAUAGAAUGCUAUGUAGAAAAUAUAAGAUCUUGUGAUGACUUCAAAGCUUGGGAGCUAUGUGGAAAGUCAAGUCAAAUACCAAAGGAUUUCAAGAGUGCAAUUGAGUAU